CUUAACAAGCAAGGGUUAAACAACGUAGAAAAGUUUUGCAGACAGUCAUGUAACGCAUCCAUGCUCAGCGGGACUAAGUUUUAGGACUUCACUGUACGACAAUUUGACAACUAUCGCAGCUGUUCAAGGCUGUGCAUUGAUUGUACGGGACUCAUACAUCCAGAAACCCGGACACCAUGAACUCCCAGGGAGGCUUUGGCAGCAACCUGAUGUUUCAGUCUAUCAACAAUGAACUGAAUGCAUCUUUGGCCACGGCAGAUGAGCUCUCACGAGAGUUCUCCUCUCUCCUGACAGAAGCCGCUCCUGUAGUGCAAACCACGGCACAGAUUUCCAGCCCCAGGGCUCAGAUCAGCAACGAUGGCAGCUCCAACAGCUUUAACAAUAAUGGAAAUGAGAGCCCCAAAACAAGCUUUACCCAGAGUCCCACAAGCGUCUUUAGCUCAGACCCCAUCAACAGCUGGAAAGAAUCCAACCUGAACCAAAAUCCAUCUCCUCAACUUAGCCGAGAGAGCAUGAAAUACAUGCCUUCAUCUCCCAGUCCUUUGACCCACCAGCAUUCCCCUUUUGCAACCCGUAAAGAGUACUCCGAUUCACGAUAUACCUUCGACCAGAAUAUGUCUCCAAAUACAUUAAGGAGAACGACACAGAUGCCACUGAGGCCUCAGGAUCGAAGCACAAGAGGAUCAUUGAGCUAUGGGGAGAUAUCCAGUCCAACUUAUGACAGCAAAACACCUCGUAGCUCGCUUCAGGCUCCAUCAAGCCCACUGUUUUCAGCUCCCAGGUCACCGAGGUUGGAUCGACCUCCUUCCUCUCAAUCAUUUAGUCAGCCAGCAGCCAGUACUCUACCACGCAACUUCAGACAUCCAGAGGAAGGAAUGCAAAGGCCGAAGAACUCCUCCAAGUGGAACGAGUCAGACCUUGAUGCUUCAUAUGAGAGAAAGCCUUACCACACCUAUGAUAAGAAUGAAUGGGUCAGACCACCUGUCCCCAACAGCAGCUGGAAAGAAUCCAGUCUGGAUGCUCCUCUUCCUGCCAAAAAGGAGACUGUGCCACAUUCACUUCCAUCAUACCACCACAGUUCGCUCCCAAGGAACGCUCGUAUCUCAGUUCCCCCUGAUCUCUCCUCUGGCAGCAGCUCACCUUACAGCAAUCCGUCAAUCAGUUCUCGGAUCUCCGUUCCUCCUGUCAGCUCUGGAGCUCCUCGGCACAGGCCAAUCCCCCUUUCUGUCAUCUUUAGACUCCAGAACCCCCACCACUAUCCUGCAGCUGUCAGCAGAUACGCACCUGGCCCAAUGGGAGAGCCACAGCAAGGAGUUUACCACCAACAUCUUCCUCUGCCCCAAGAUUAUAUGUGGCAAAACCAAACACCUCAACGUCAGCAACCUCAAAAACAACCUGCCUACUAUAGAGAAGUACUCCAGCCCACAGAGGUUGAUGCUGAGCUUGAGAAACUAGACUUGAGCAAAACUGUAGGCCCUGUGAGCUUGAUUGACCAAGGCAUGAAACCAGAAGAAGAGUCUAAAGUGGAGGACCAAGAGAUACCUCGCCCCCUCAGCCCCACACGCCUGCAGCCCGUCGUGGCCCCGCAGGCAGAUCUGGACACCGAUCUCGACGAACUGAUGCGCAUCCGGGCUGAGUUCCCCAGAGCUCUGAAGAAACGCAGCUCACUCGACAUUUCUCAGCCCCUGCCAGAGCUCCCAGUUUCCCAGCCCAACUAUUACAAGCAGAUGAUUAAUAAAAUGUUUCGCAGGAAGGCCCUUCGCAUCAAGGAAGACCCAGCGGCUGAAAACAGCAGCUCUUCUGAUGGCGAAGAGAGCUCAAAAUCUCCUGUAUCUUUAGUUCCAGUAAGAGUCACAGAGACCAUCUCAUCUGAACAUAAGGGUAUUCACUCUAUCUUACGGAAGGGCAGCAAAGCCAAUAAAUCUGCCAGCCGUAGAGCUCACUUGAGCCCACUGAUUCUGAUGUUGGAUGGGUCUUUGGUCGGAGAGUUGGAGACAGUACAGAGGGCUGCACAGAAGAUGAGUGACCCAAGCCAGUCUAAUGAUGAAGGCAUCACUGCCCUCCACAAUGCCAUAUGUGGUGGACACUUCCCAGUGGUGGAGUUCCUGGUGCGAAUCGGUGCUAAUGUUAGUGCUCCAGACAGCCAUGGCUGGACACCCUUGCACUGUGCUGCGUCCUGUAAUGACAGGCAGAUGUCUGAGUUUCUGGUGAGAAAUGGAGCAGCAGUGAUGGCCGUAACAGACAGCGAUGGGGCCACAGCGUCCCAGAAGUGUGACCCGUACGCUCCAGGAUAUGAAGAGUGUGAGAGCUUAUUAAGAGGUGUGGAGGAAGCAAUGGGCGUAGAGAACAGUGGGGUGGUGUAUGCACUGUGGGGAUAUCCUGCCCAGGCUCCUGAUGAACUCAGCUUCAAAGAAGGAGACAUGGUUACCAUUCUGCAGAAACCUGAGGGCGAGGGCUGGUGGUGGGCUUCACUGUGCGGGAGAGAGGGCUUUGUACCAAACAACUACUUUGGGCUUUUUCCUAAAGUGCGACCCAAGACUCUCUGCUGAAAAAUGUCAUCUGAACACAAGACUCACUGGUGUUUGAAUGUGUUGGAGCUUUUCUCUACUUUCUUCGUUUUAAACUUUGCAUUAUGGACAACUAUAAUGGGAUUUCAAACAUGUACAGUGUAGAGCUAAUGUUGUUUUUUUUCCUUUGAAUUCCAGUUUAGUUUUCUUUGUAGUCAAACAUGACAAGUCGAUUGACUGGGAAAAGUGGAUUGAAUGGUUUAUAUAAACCUAACUAUUGGAAAACUGUCAUUUAAACAUUACAUCGGAGUGUGCUACCUAUUAGAGGUUCAGUUUCAUAAAUUUAUUGUAUAAAUAUCUCAUAAUUUGUUUGUUCAGACAGGCUUGACUAAUGUUCUUCAGCACUGAGCAGAAAGGAAUUCAUCAGUAUGUCAGUAUUGCUUUUUGUGUAUUCAUUUGCUUGGUAGUUGUUUACCGAUUCCUAAUCAAUAAGUUUGCAUUGAUACACAAAUGCUUUUUAGAUAUUGAUUAAAAGACUGGUGUCCUUAAUCCGCUUCAGAUGAUUUACAGUAUUUGAUAAUGUUACUCUUUAUUUUAUUUAACUUUUUUAAACUGGUUAUUCCUGUCUCUGUUUUCGCCGUGUGCUUUAUAGAAUAUGAGCAAACGUUUUCUUAAAACGGUGUGCUCUCCAUGUGGAUUGUGUGUUAAAUAUUUGCUUUGAUGUGAGGGAAGUUUGUAUUAGAGGCAUGUGUGUGUGUGAGAGAGAGAGCUUGCUUUGUUUUCUUUGUUGAAUCCAUUGACUGUGACUUUUCAGAAGACGCUGAUACAUUGUUUCUCUUUGUAAUGCUCUUGCACAAAAGAAUAAAUAAAAUAAAUACUA